AUGAGAACAUCUGCCAGUUGUGAGGAUGUACAUUCAUACCCUCUCGUCGCUGCGGGGACCACCGACAUUGAACUGGAGUGGAAAGUAGCAAACUUUGCCCCUCACGAGGCAGUUCUCCGAGUGCAAUCGCGGAAAUUCGAACUGACGCGGAUGCAGGAAAUCUAUCUGGCUGAGAAGUUCGGAAAGAUCACGACAAAAUUCUGCAAAUUCUUUCAAGAAAAGGCCAUUCCGGUGCAGAUUGCGGCGCACUGGCGCGGAGAUAAAAUUUGGCUGGGGCGUUCGGAUCUACCGCCGUACUACUGGACCGAGGUCGUGGACAAACCGACUGGCUGGAAAGACUGUCGAAAGGUGUAUUUUUGCGACGUCGUUGACAAAAACCACGUGAAGACGGCAAAAACUGCGGAGGGUGGUAAGGAGGGAGCCGAUUUUGUUUUGGAUGGUUCAAAGUCAAAGCUGAAGGUGAAGACGAGCAAGAGCCCGUACAUCGACUUGAAACAGGAGCAGUGGGAAAAGGAGUACGCUGACCCUUGCUAUUAUCCGGAGAAGAGGCCGUGGCUGCUGUGCAAGCUGUAUUGUCAGGACGCG